AUGCAGCUCAAGCCGAAGGCCCUGAUGAUCCUGUGCGUGCUCACGGUGGCCUGCAGCCAGGUCGAGCAAAGCGUCCUGACGCAGCUCUACUACCCUCCCAUACGCCGCCUCGGCCAACUCGGCGCUCCCCGCACCACCGCUACGGUGAAAACUCUACCACAACCAACCCAAAGCACGGAUGAAUCAUUGAAAGUGCUACCAGCGAUACCGCGUUACAGAAAAGCCUUGGCUGAUUCUAAG